AUGAUCGAUAAAAAGACAUUUGUUGUCUCAAUUGCUGGAGGUCAUGGAACCGGUGUUUAUGAACUAUCUUUACGAAUCAAAGAUGAUUUAAAGGUAUUAUUCAAGAAAAUUAAGAUUGAUAUAGUUAAUCUUGACGAUUUAAUUAUUGAUCCUGAACAUAGAAAGUAUAAUGAUAAAGAUUAUGCGUUCGAAGAUAUAUAUGAGAAAUUAACACACUGUAUUGUUGGUAAGAACAUUGAAAAGGCAGACACUGAAAGAGGAGGAGAAGAUGUUAAAAUCAUUAUACUAUGUGGUAGUUAUGCACUUUAUAAUAUUAAAAUCAAUGAAAUUUCCAAAUUAAAAGUAUACUUAGAUGAUGAUAGUGAUCAACGACUGAUUAAUUUGAUAUCUAUGAAUGGGAAGAAGACGGCUGAUGAACAAAAUAAGGCCGUUACAGCGGAAAAUGACAAGGAAAUGUUAUCUAAAUUGUUACAUAAUUAUUUGGAACAUUUAAGACCAGAAAUGCAAAAAUAUAUUGAACCCACCAAGAUUCAUUCUGAUCUUAUUAUUCCAAAUCAAACUGGUGAUGAAAUUGGUGUUGCAAUUAUAGUUGAUGGAAUAGUUAAGAUUAUUGAGAAAAUUAAACAUGAUGGGAUACGAUACCCUGUAUUUAAUAACAAGGUUUUACCUGAAGGUUCAUCUCCAUCACCACCAUUAUGGGAUUUUGAAGCAGAGAUGAUGGAUGUGGAAAAGGAUCGUUACUAUGAUUUAGCUUGA